AUGGCUGGGAUCCAGUUAGGCGACAUUAUCCAAGUGAGCAAGGCUGUAUGGGACCUCUACUACUUCGGCUGGGCGGAAUCGCAAGGUGCAGCGACACAGUAUGCCCAAUUCGGAAUCGCAUUCCGAGGACUGGCCGAGAGCCUCGAUAGCCUCGUUCGUGUUCUUGAGAGCGCGCGGAGUCAGGUUCAGUCUGGGAUUAACCCUCAGGGCCUUCCACGAUGGAACUUGUCAUCUUUAAACGAGAUCAUUGGCGACUACCAAGCCACCAUCAACGAGUGCCGCAGAUUGCUGGUGGCUAAUCGCCGGUAUGGCCAACGUGUCGGUCCCCUCCGAAAUAUUGAAUGGAAUAUCUUGAUUCAACCAGAGGCAAAUGCUCUAAAGGAAAGAAUUCUUCUCCACAACUCGAAGAUUCUGAUUAUCCUUAAGCCUUUGGAGAUUGACCUUUUGAACCACAUCAUCACCAGGAUCGACGCCGUUCAUGGCCAGGUCGAGAACGUAAUUGGCCUUCUCACUUCCAAUGUGCCGCAAGCCAUCCGACAGCAGCAGAUCUCCCAUACUCUCCAUAUACCCCCAGCACUUGAAGCCCGGUUCGGCCAAGCCGCAGAGCCCAAUGUUACAAACCAAUGCCAUGCAGCGAAUCGUUCCUUACCAGAACUCACCGAAGCCUUUCUCCUUCACUUGAGACAAUCGACAAUAGAUUUUCAACCACGCCGUUCCUUCCAACAGCAAACGGCACCUAUCGAGGAGUAUAUCAACCUUUUGAAAUGCGUAUGGCUGAUGGAGCGAAUUGAGCAACACCUUACUCCCUCCCCGGAAGAAAACGAUUCUCAUUGGCCAUCAUUUAUCAAGGGAUUGAAAACGGAACUGUCCAGAGAAUGCUGGAGGUUCAAUCCAUCUUGUCCGGAUCAAAUCCUUCCACCGGAUCUGUCAUCCCUCAGCGGCAUCGACUUUUCAAUCUGGGCUAAACGUGAACCCGAAAAUAUCCUGCCGCCCAUUGUUCAGUUACCGGCUGCCAUGAUGGAUGAACUUCUUAAUGUGUCUCUCGAAACGUCCAAACCAACCGUUGUUCAGAACCUACGCCUGCUGCGUGGUGUCGAUGGCAAAAUGAGUGCUAUUGUUUCAGCAAUUGAUCUUAGUGGUGAUGAAGAAAGGAGAGACGGUCGCACUUUGGAUUUCUACAUUCAAUCUGCUAGUCUCAUCCCGUUAUAUGCCGUGUCAUUCAACCAGGGACCUCUAGGUGUCAUCCUGAGAACCGAUUCAUGCAUGGCAGAAUUCACUUUUAAGCGAUUGGACGAAAUGUUGCGAUUUCAGCGGGCAUUGACUGGGUUCAAAGUUUAUGAAGAGUACUCCCAACCGGAAGUCUCCGUCGAGUUCAUUACGUCUGAUCGGAACACAUCGCGGGUUGACACAGCCCAUAUACAGCUCUGGAUUUCAAAGGAACUCGAAGGCCGUGCCAGUCGUACGUCCGAAUCCGUUGUGGAGCCCGGCCCUCUCUCACGACAGAAUUCUGCUUUGUCAGACAUUGCAUCUCCAAUCUCAUUGUAUUCUGGCGGAGACUUCGGUGCCACAAACGACCCUCGACUCUCUGAUCCUCUGAUCUCACGCCUUGCCUACUUGAAUGUCAACAACGCUCAACCAGCAAGGUCUCCACCAUCCUCGAAUAGCACUAUACGCGAGUCGGUAUUUUCACGAUCGCCUCGGAAUCAAUCCAUCCCAGACCCGAGGGUCAGUCGUGCGACCUCCAUAUCAUCAACGCAAACUACUUCUUCGAUCUCAAUGACUCGUGACUCGGUCUCAGGAAUGUCUUCUGCUGAAAUCAAUUCGAGCGGCACAAGCUCGAGAGUAACAACCGUCGAUCAUGGCUCAGGCCGUGGUUACGUGCACCACAAACCAACACCUCCGAUGCUUGUCCUCCUCCUGAAAUCUGGCAACUCCCAGCUGGAUUCGCAACUGAGCCCCGCGCCGUUCACUGUGGUCACCGUCCAGCUCGAUGAAAAGACUGCCCCGAAUUUCGAGCGUUGCAAAUGUCAAAGUCAUCCGGGUCAUUGCAAAAUCACUGCUCUAGAGCGCAGUAAAGGAACGGAAGACCUAGUGGCUAACAUCACUGAAGCCAGUGAUUUGAACAGCUGGGAUCUUAUGAGCUUCAGAACCCCAAGAAGGGAAAAUCAGUCGUUAUCGCCCUCAUCUAUUCGGGCGCAGCCCCGGCCCCUUCAAAAGCUUCGUCGUCUAACGCUGACUUUCUCGAACACUGAGUCCCGACACAAUCUAAGCGGCAGACCAUGUGGCUGUAAAAUCAAGCUCACGGCUGACCUGAUGACUUGCCUCAAGGAAAAGCACCAGGGAUUGCUCGGGAAUUUGAAACAGCUUCAUAAGAAGGAGCUCCAAAGCUUUGAGAAGAGUCAGAGGACGAAGGAGGACGUUGUGCUGGCUCCCGCUUCUUAA